AAAUGGCGACGUGUGGAAACAUUUUGUCGUCCGAGAAAGCUUAUGAUUACAAUUGUACGCCUUGUUCUCAACAAGAACGGUUUGUGGAAGCCAAGAGAUUUUGUAUUGAAUGUGUCGAGUAUUUUUGCUCAACAUGUCUGGCCCAUCAUGAGAAAUUUGGUUUAACUCGAGGACAUACACUAGUGAAAUGUGAGGAAGUUUCAAAAAUCAAUGUACCGACACCCCUGAGUAAAUGUGAACUUCACACCGACAAGGAGGAGGAUAUGGUAUGUGGUGAUCACGAUGUCGUCUGCUGUCGUGUGUGUAUCACUAAAAAACACAGAUCAUGUCAAAAUAUUGAUUAUCUGCCCGAAUUGGCAAGGCAAUUUAAAGACAAUGGAAGACGUAAGGAAUUGGAAGAUGACUUAAAUGAUAGAAUCGAAGAAUUGAAAUCAGCGCUCAAAGGAAGUACUGCCCGUGCCCUAAAACUUAAAACGAGACAGACGACACACUUAAAGCGAUUAGAUAUCUUUCAGAAGUCUAUUGUUGAAUAUGUUGCUUUUCUUGUAAAUAAGACCAAAAAUGAUAUCCAGAAUCAGUUUGGACCUGAAAUUUGCAGCAUACAGGAACAUUUGCAGAAGUAUAACGAGCAGCUUUCGAAACUCAACAAUCUCUCGGAAGUCUUAUCGAACGAAAACGAUGAAAUCUUUGAAUAUAAGAAAGUACUUAAAUGUAAGCACACACUUAAGGAAAUUCAAAUCGGAGGUAACGAGCUCGAUGAUAGUUUAGCAAGUUAUAAUAAAUUUGAAAAUGAAGUUAUGGAGGCAGUUGUCAGUUCUUUGAAUGAUGGUUGUUUGUUUGGAACUGUACCAAUUUUAGGUUCUAAACAACCUAUUGAUGUUACUAGCAUAUGUUUUAAAGAAGAUAAAACCUCGUUCUUAAUUCUAUUGGCUGAUUUUUACAAUAGUAAAAUCAGACGUUUUGAAAAUGGUCUAAAUGAGACUGAAAGUUUUAAUGCUAAGGAAAAUAUUUGGGGGGUUUGUGAAGUAAACAAACAUGAAAUUGCAUUUACUUUGCCUGCAUUGAAGAAGGUGCAAUUUUUAUCGGCUGAAAACAGUCAAGUUUUAGAAAAAAAAUUUCAUACAAAUAUACAUUGUCGUGGUAUCGCAUGUCUUAAUGAAAAGAUUUAUGUAACAGGUGGCGGAAUGAUUGGGGAAGAGCAAGGUCAAUUAAAUGUGUUUGAUAUGAAAGGGAAACUACUCAGUAAGUAUGAACAAGAUUUGGAUGGAUACUUUUUCAGUACUCCACGAAGCAUUAAAGUAAAUGCCGAAGGGAUAUUCAUCACAGAUGAACAAAAAGGUGUCGUUUGUUUAGAUUUGGAAGGACAGCGGAAGUGGGUCUCAAACAACUCAAAAUGCAAAUUUUCAUGGGGAAUUUGCUUCACGUCAAAAGGCAAUCUUUUUGUUUCUGGACAGUUGUCAAACAAUAUUGUGAUUGUAAGUAAAGAUGGUGAAUUUCUUGGUGAACUGUUAAACGAAAACGACGGUCUAUCAGCACCAAAGGCUCUCAGCAUUGACAAACGGAACAAUUGCAUAUUAGUCUCUGAAUUGAAAAAGCCAAAUCUGAAAAUGUUUUACAUUGGUGAUUGUGAUAUAUGAUAUUUAAUACGCAGAGUAAAACGUUUGCUAUAAACGUGUAUUACAUAUAUAUAACAUAUAUGACUACGGCUUUUAUUGAAUAAAUGCCGUGAUAUAUCUUGCAGCAACAUAAGUAACAGUACUGGACUGUUCCACAUCAUGCUAUUAGAGAGUAAAACAUAAAAACGCUUUAAUCUAUGAUGUAAUUUUAGAUGGCGACAUUCAUUUGGUUUUAUUACUGUCAUCAUUGAAAUAUUGUGAUUUUUGUAAUUAAAAAAACUGUA